AAAACUUUUUUACUCUCUCUCUCUUCUUCUCCGGCAACUAAAGAGAAAUGAAAAGCCGAGUGAGAAAAGCAAAGUACACGGUUCACCGGAAAACCACCUCCGUUCCGUUCGACGGUUUCCCAAAGGUUGUGAAAAUCAUCGUCACUGACCCAUGUGCUACUGAUUCUUCCAGUGAUGAGGAAAACGACAACAAAUCUGUUGCUCCGAGGGUCAAACGUUAUGUGGAAGAGAUUAGGUUCGGUGAAGACGACGAUGACCCUAAACCGGCGAGGAAAGCGAGGAAUAAAACAGCCGCGGCGGCGGCGGUGGUGAACGGUGGUGAUUUGGUGAAGCCUGUUGUGAAGUAUAGAGGAGUGAGACAACGACCUUGGGGAAAAUUCGCGGCGGAGAUUCGUGAUCCUUCGAGUCGUACUCGACUCUGGCUUGGAACUUUCGCCACGGCGGAGGAAGCUGCUAUAGGUUACGAUAGAGCCGCGAUUCGACUCAAAGGACAUAACGCUCAGACGAAUUUUCUCACUCCUCCUCCUAGUCCGACGACUGAGGUGUUGCCGAAAACUCCGGUGAUUGAUCUUGAAACGGUCUCUGGUUGUGAUUCGGCGAGAGAUUCACAAAUCAGUCUGUCUUCUCCGACUUCUGUUCUCCGGUUUAGUCACAACGACGAAACAGAGUACAGAACAGAGCCAAAGGAAGAACAAACUCCGGUCUCGGAUCCGUUUUUCUUGCCUGAUUUAUUUCGCGCCGGAGAUUAUUUUUGGGAUUCCGAAAUUACCCCUGAUCCUUUGUUUCUAGACGAAAUCCACCAGUCGUUGUUACCAAACAACAACAACAACACAGUGUCUGAUAAAGAAACGAAUCUGUCCGAGAGUUUUCCGUUGGGAGUGAUCGGCGAUUUCAGCUCAUGGGACGUUGACGAAUUUUUCCAAGAUCAUUUGUUGGAUAAGUAAUAGAGUUUAAAGUUGGUUCUUCCUCAGAAAUUUUCUGGGUUCUUUUUUGGUUGUGUGAGUGAUGAGUGGUUUGAUGACAACGACGGGGAUGAAUCUUAGCC